GUGUAGAUGGGCUUUGAUUGUGUCUUCCUUCACGGCAGAAUGGGGUUGGACUAGAUGGCCCUUGGGGUUCUCUUCCAAUUCUAUGAUAAGAGUCAGAAGAGACCCCAAGACCAGCAAGUCCAAUCUUGUUCUGCCAUUUAGGAAAAGAUGGCCAUCCAGCCUCUGCUUAAAACCCUCCAGAGAUCACAACAAUCUUCCCGAUGCCUUUUAUUUUAACUUUAACUGAGUUACUUGAUAUAUAAACAUAUAUAAUGUGAAAACUUAAAAUUAUUUUUUCCUAUUUUUUUUCAGACUUAACUGCUACGGAAUCAAGAGAUGUGGUGCAAUUUCCUUCUCGAAACAGCUGAUGCCUUUUAUUUUCCAUGGAUGUUUUUUUACUGGCAGAGAAAAGCAAGCUUUUGGUAUAGACUGAUCCUUUCUUUUCCCUUCAAGGAAGAACUCUGUAUGGUUUGGGGAAGGAGACACUGCUGUUGCAGCUACUGUUUGAGAGAGAAAGUGAGCCAAGGGGAAGAAAGCAUUGUCGUCUUGAGGAAGCUGCUUGCUACUGUUCCCAGAGGGCAUGGCCAUGGGGAGAUCUGCCAGCCCCUUAUCUCCUGUCGUGGAGGUAGGCUCCCCCUGCCCCCACCUGGCACCAAGCGGACCUUGGACUUAGUCAAUGGCUCAUCCUCCAAUAACCCCCCCCCCUUCUCUCCGCCCCCCCUUGCAACCCUGGUUAGUUCCUCAAGUUAAAAGUGCUGUCCUGACAACUUCGUUCUCUUUAUUUCCUAAGCCGGCAAGGAGCCGGUUGGCUGAUGCAGACCUGGAGUGAAGGUGACUGAACCGAACCAAACCGGGCCUGGUUCCUCCUAGAGGCAAGGUUUGUGACUGUGCUGCCCAUCUCCCUGGCAAGACAUGGCCAACAUCACAGACUCUGUGGCAGCUGUCCAGGAUGACCGCCCGGCCAAGACGGUACUCAACGGAACCACCACUUCAUCUGACCAGUCCUCCGAAGACUCGAUGAAGCUGAAGAAGGAAAUCUCCCUGAUCAACGGGAUCAGCUUGAUUGUGGGCAACAUGAUUGGCUCGGGCAUCUUUGUCUCCCCCAAGGGGGUCUUGAUGCACAGCGCCUCUUACGGCCUCUCCCUCAUCGUCUGGGCCAUUGGGGGACUUUUUUCCGUCUUUGGGGCUCUCUGCUACGCUGAACUGGGCACCACCAUAAAAAAAUCUGGAGCCAGCUAUGCCUACAUUCUGGAGGCCUUCGGGGAGCUGCCAGCCUUCAUCCGGCUCUGGACAUCCCUUCUUAUUAUCGAACCUACCAGCCAAGCGGUUAUUGCCAUUACCUUUGCCAACUACCUGGUGCAACCUUUCUUCCCUUCCUGUGAAGCCCCUUACCUGGCCAGCCGGCUUUUUGCAGCUGCCUGCAUCUGCUUGCUCACUUUUGUGAACUGUGCCUAUGUGAAAUGGGGGACUCGGGUUCAGGAUCUGUCCACCUAUGCCAAGCUGCUCGCUCUCAUUGCUGUCAUCAUUGCUGGCAUCAUCCAAAUUGCACAAGGACAUUCUGAGAACUUUGCGGACUCGUUCGAAGGCUCCUCUUGGAAUGUUGGAGACAUUGCAUUGGCACUCUACUCGGCACUUUUCUCUUACUCUGGAUGGGACACCCUCAACUUUGUCACAGAAGAAAUUAAAAACCCUGAAAGAAACCUUCCUCUCUCCAUUGGCAUCUCCAUGCCUAUUGUCACUGUGAUAUACAUCAUGACCAACGUGGCCUAUUACACUGUGUUGAGCAAAAUGGAGAUACUGGCAAGUGAUGCUGUGGCAGUGACUUUUGGCAAUCAGGUUUUUGGAGCUAUGCAAUGGGUCAUCCCGCUGGCUGUAGCCUUGUCCUGUUUAGGAGGCCUUAAUGCAUCUAUCUUAGCAGCUUCCAGGUUGUUUUUUGUUGGCUCCCGGGAGGGGCACCUGCCAGAUUCCAUCUGCAUGAUUCAUGUCUGGAGAUUCACUCCUGUGCCAGCCUUGCUCUUUAAUGGUGCCAUGUCUCUGGUCUAUUUGUGUGUAAAUGACAUCUUCCAGCUGAUCAACUAUUACAGCUUCAGCUACUGGUUCUUUGUGGGGCUGUCGAUUGCAGGGCAACUCUACCUGCGCUGGAAGGAACCGUCCAAAGAACGACCCCUCAAGCUGAGCAUCAUCUUCCCCAUUAUCUUCUGCUUUUGCACCAUCUUCCUGGUAGCGGUCCCCCUCUACACCGACAUCAUCAACUCUCUCAUUGGCAUCGCAAUUGCGGUUUCUGGCCUCCCUGUCUAUUACCUGGUGGUGCGAGUACCUGAAGACAAAAGACCGCUGUGCCUACGUCGGAUUGCAGCCUCUGUCACACGUUUCAUUCAGAUUGUGUCCUUGUCUGUCUUGACGGAGAUGGAUCCUGACAAUGAAGUAAAGUCUCAGUGAUGGAGACAGAGUUAUCAGGGAGACUGGCUUCUCCCUUCUUCUCAUGCAAUGGACUCUUCUGAGAACUCUUAAUUUAUUGUUUCCGAUUUUGUUGGAAACUGGGGUGGCAGCUGCUGCAGCAUCUCUGGGACUUUUUGAAAAUGUGUUCCAUUCUCUCUUUGGUGCACAAGGACCCACAUCAGCAGGAGUUUCAAUAAACCAUCAGCACUCCAUAGGUUUUCCCAGGGAUUUUAAAAAACAGUAGUCUGCAACGGCUCACAAUUACCAUUGCUGGAUUAUGCUUGAUUACAAAUGGAGAGAUUAUAAGAAAGUUACUUUUUGGAUUGCAGUUCCUGGAAGUUGUAAUCCAUGAAAGCCAUUUUCCCCAUCACAAGUUCUAAAUGGCUCGUGAUGACCUAUGGCAGUAUGUCACACAACUAGGUUUGCUGCCAUCUUCUCUCGCAAUACACCUUACCUCCUUUCCCACCUAGAUGAUGCUUCCAGAAGGGGGCAGCCUGGUGCCUUCCAGAAAAUCCAGAAACAAGACAGAAGUGGAAAGAGUUUACAACUGGUAUUAGGGGAACACAGCCAAUAAAACAUCAUUUUUUGUUAAA